CUCACGCAGCUCUAAACCGCUGACCAGAUUACGGGCAAAACAAAAUGGCAGCUUCGAAAGCACAAUCCAGGGUUCAAAGUGAAGCAGAAAAUAUGCUGACUUCUUUAGAGAAAGAUAAAGUUAGACCAAUGCAGGUAAGACAAACUUUUAACAAAGUUAUUCUUAUUUUUAAAGUUUUAGGGAAUGUAUCAAAUACUACCAAUUAAUAUUUGUCAAUAAUCAAUAUUGAUUAUUCAAUGACUGCGCCGACUGCCCACGUGUACUGCCCGGAGACAAAUAUUUCACUGUCCGGGCCAGAAAAUGUUUUCUCUUCCUGAAAAUUAUCGGCCUUGAUUUGAAAUUGUCAGAUGAAACAUGACUCACAGCAAAGAAAAACCAUUACCCCAUACACGUCCAUAGACCAUAUUUGUGCAUCGCUACGCACCCCCUCCUGACAUCUAUGGCACGCGACCAAUGUUGCCUUUUCCCUGAAAAUUUGCAAUCUCUAGUUUGUCUGACUAGGCACAUUGUAAGCCUUUGAAAGAAACUUAGAAUACACUCACACCACUUUGGGCCACAAACUGGUGACCAUUCCCCCCUACUGAUUAUUUAGAGAGAAGCACAUUUAUGUGCAGCACAGUGUUGUGAAGAUCAAUUCUCAGGACCUCAUAAUGUACAAAACUGUAUCUCAAAAUGUUUCCUUCCAUCACAAAGAGCUCAAGAAUACAUUAAUCAAGAGGUGAAUAAUUUUCAGGUACGUCUGUCACAGACUGUGCAAAAGUUAUAGGCAUUGAUAGCAAGUUUUACCCAGACUAUAAAAUUAGAGUUUUUUUAUAUAAUGAGGCAGUGGGCGGCGCCGCCCUUCCCCCCCCCCCCCCACACCUUCACGGAAAAUUGACGAAUUUUCGGAAAUUUUGACCUAAACGAGGGCUAAAAACAGUCUUUUCGAGUGCAAAUGGGGGGGGGUAUGUCGGAAAUCUGAGAGUUUUGUCGGAAAUUUAGGAGGCUUUAUCCCCCCACCGGAAAAAUUGAAUUUCCGCCACCGUAAGGAGGCUAUAAAUGAAGUAGUGCUGUGUAAACUCUAGUUUUCCAACUCCAGUAGCUUUACAACUCAAAUAUCUGGCUCUGGCUGUGUUGGUUCACAACACUGGAUAAAGUCUAUAACAGGAUAGUGGUGGACAUUAUUUGAUCAAUUUUGUCUCUAUGGUUAUUUGACAUGAUGCGUAACACUUUGAUUUACACCCAUAGUGGUUAAUGUCACUUCCAACAAGAUGCUGUCAUUUCCUGCAGUUUUCAAACCUUCUACCUAAGUAGUAACAUAAUUUUACUUUCUGUUCUCAAGGAUCGUCUCUCGCGAUGUGCUAAAUCAUGUCAAGAUAAAAUUCAGGAUAGAGUAAGCGUCAAAACAACGCAAUCUGAAGCCAGUAAACUACAGGAAGACAUGAACACUUGUGUGGAUCAGUGUUGUGAUACUCAUCGUGAACUUUUACCUAGAAUGUUUGAAAGAAUGAGUGAGACUCUAUCGCAGCUACAACGCGCACCGUCCACCUAGCACGUUGUGCUUGAAACUAAUGAAAGGUUAGGCAAGAAAAUAUUCAUUUAAUGAGUAUCCCUACUUUUUGUGUCAAUAGCAACCAUAUUCCAAAUUGACAUUUUAAUUCAGUAUUGUUUUACAUUAAAAGAGAUUUUCUAAUUUAUUAAGAAAGAUAUAUAACUUUUUGCAAAAAUACUUGUGGAAUCACAUGUUUUCAUGUAUCCUUUACCUUGAAUUAUCUCAUUAUUUCAAUAUUAGUUUGUAAUGACUUAAACUACAAAGUCCUUAGUGUGUUUUUAUCCCAAACUAGUUGACUACUAAAUCCCUAGUGAGUUUUUAAUCCAAACUUUACUGAAAGUUCCAUUUUAUUAAGAGGUCAUAUAACCAACCAAACGUACACGAUACCAGUUGUUAUUACCACCAGUACGAUAGGAAUUUGUCACUUUGAAUAUCAACUCAUUGGGAAGGGUACUGUUCCAAGGAAUCAUUUGUUCAUACAGGAAUGUGUUGGCAUAAACUCUGUAAUGAGUGUUAUAGCCUUCUGCUUUAGCGGCUGUGUUGUCGUUGCCUUUCUGGUACGUGACAUAAUUCAAAUAUGCAUGACCAUUGCUGUUCCAGAAAUGACAAUAAACUGAAAUGAGAAUGGCCUGUGUGUGUUUAGGAAGAAUGAUGGGCAGCUUCUGGGUAUAUGUUGGUGUUGUUCGAUGCAAUUGAAUCUUCUCAAGUUGAUUAAGAAUCUGAAUAAAAAAAGAAAAGCAAAAAUGAGAAAAGUAAUUUUCCAGUAGUGUAUAGACUGGUUAACUAAUUGAGGAUUCUGUGAUUGCACUGUCGUCAUCUCCACUUAAUCCAACUUUGAGGUCUGAUGAGGAUAAGUGUAAAUAUAUCUAUAUAAAUAUAUAUCACUGUCCUUGGAAAACGCCCAUUUGGUCCAACCUCUAUAUUACGACCAUCAUCCGGACUUUAGAAACGGGCUGCUUAACACAACAAAU